GAGCAGCACCAACACGCUCACCGUGCGUGUCUGCACCUGCGACCGCGAGGGCAACAUGAAGCUGUGCAACGCCGAGGCGCUCACCGCGAGGGCGGGGCUUAGCACCGGCGCCCUGGUGGCCAUCUUGCUCUGCGUCGUCAUCCUGCUCAUGAUCGUGGUUCUGUUCGCCGCCCUCCGGCGCCGGCGGACGAAGGAGCCGCCGCUCGUCUCCAAGGAGGACGUCCGGGACAACGUGGUCAGCUACAACGACGAGGGCGGCGGCGAGGAGGACACGCAGGCCUUCGACAUCGGCGCCCUGCGCAACCCGGAGGUGAUGGAGGCGACGGAGGCGACGGAGGAGAGGAAGCAGCGGCGGGACAUCGUGCCCGAGGCCUUCUACGCGCCGCCCGCCAACGCCCGGUGUCCGGCGCCGCCCCCGAUGCGGCGCGACCACAACGGCGACGUGAGGGACUUCAUCGGCCAGCGGCUGCAGGACAACGACGGCGACCCGACGGCGCCGCCGUACGACUCGCUGGCCACGUACGCCUACGAGGGCGCCGGCUCCGCGGCCGAGUCCCUCAGCUCGCUGGGGACGGCGAGCAGCGGCGGCGAGCAGGACUACGACUACCUGAGCGAGUGGGGGCCGCGGUUCAAGAAGCUGGCGGACAUGUACGGCGGGGGGGGCGGGGACUCGUAACGAGAAGCAAAAGCACGUUCAAAAGAAAACACUUGUUUGUUUUUCUCGUCGGGCAGAGCGCGGCGCGCUGAGUGGCGUAAAGAAAAACUAAAUGGUGGGAAAAGGACGUUUAUCCACGAGCUCGUCGCCCCCUGGUGGCCAGAGGCAGAACCUCGUGUGAACGCUGUGGUAGUUGUGUUGAUUCGUGUGUGAAAAAAGACUCAAAUAUUUCUUUGUCUUUAUUUUUAUUUGAUUUUAUUUUUUCCUUCCAAAGUUCCGAGGACCAAUAGAAACGCUCCGUUGGGUCUUCAGUGUUUACGGGACAUCAACAAACAAACAUGCUGCAUAUUGUGACUUCUAUCGUUGCUUGUGUACGUGAUGCAAUACGCUGUUCAGUGUGUGUGUGUGGGGGGGGGGGGGGCUCUUUUAUUUUCUUCUAUCGUCCGAAUUUUCACAUUAACCGCUCUUCUUCUUCUUUUUCUUCUUCUUCCUCUUCUCCUUCUUCUUCUUCGUCUCCUUCUCCUACUUCUUCUUCUCCUUCUUCGUCUCCUUCUCCUUCUCCUUCUUCGUCUCCUUUUUCUCCUCCUUCUUCUUCUCCUUCUUCUCCUUCUUCUUCUCCUUCUUCUCCUUCUUCUUCUCCUUCUCCUUCACGAUAUUGAAUCGACUUAGGUAUCUGGAGUCUUGAUUAGGCCGAAAACAAACAAUGAGAAAAAACACCAGUUGGUCAUUUGUUGUUGUUGUUGUUGUUGUGUCUGAUUUUUUUACCUUUUUGAGGUGAGACGAACACCAGAUAUUAAGGUAUUGAGCCGAAUGUCUUCAGAAUUAUUAUCUUUCUUCUUCUGAUAAAUUAAACACACACACACACAGAGAGAAGACGUGUUCCUCUCUCUCUUCUAUUAGAUCCUGUAAUCUAAUGAAGACUUUUUCAUUCUUAUUAUUAUUUCUCGCGGCUCUUUGAGCGUCAGAUUAAAAGUCGGUGAAACUUUACCGUCGACAUUAAAUCAUAAAAUAUUUUUCUUUCCUUGAAAAUUAAAUAGAAUCGGUGUGUUAAUAAUUGAGAUCUUCAGAGCCACAAGAAGCAUAAAUAAGCUUAGAAAUUGACAAAAUCUUCCCCCAAAAAAUUGCCUUAAAAUUAUAAAAACAAACAAACAAACAAAGCGGACGUCUGGAGACAUGAUUUUUUAUUUGGGGUCAGAUUCUCACAAGAAAACAACAACAACCCAAAUCACCUUUCAGAUGUCAUCACAUUACACGAAGAAAAUAAAUAUAUUAAAGAGUUUUCCUUAAACUUGUUGGAUGAAGAGAAUCCUCCUCCUCCUCCUCCUCAUUACUGUAGCCGUUCGUAGUGUUGGAACUGAUUUCCUGAGGGGGGGGGCGUGGCUUAUCAAGGGGCACAUGACCUUUGGAGCGGCGUCCAAUGAGGCUCUUAGGACCCGGAGGCGUGUCCUCGUCUCUCAGAGAGAAGGUCAAACAGAAGGUCAAACACACAGAACACACACAGGGUGUUUGCAAAGCAAAUAUUAAUUUACUCCCCCCCCCCCGGGAAAAGUUUGUUUUUUUAAAUAGAGAAGGUGGGCGUGGCUUGAGGCUGAAACAAGCUUUAAGACUAAAAAGAGACUUUGACCUUUAUUUUGAAAAUCGGUAACAAGAGCGUUUGUUGGUGAGACAGUUUCAGACUGUUGGAACUCACCGGAACGACUUCCUCCUCCUCCUCCUCCUCCGGUCCACCAAGAGAGGAAGAAGACUGCGCCGCCAUCUCUCCUUCUUCUUCUUCUCCUCCUCCCCCCCCCGGCGGCGUCCUCGCUGUGUUCGGUGUUGCCGCCACGUGAACCCGGUAGACGAUGUUGGUGACCGUGUGGUGUUGAGCCGUGGCGUUGUGUCAGUGUAUAGAACCCCCCUCCCCCCACACUUAGGCCCCGCCCAUCGACCUGCUUUGUAAAAUGUGAUAUUUUGUACUGAAUAUUUAUAUGACAAUUAAAUAUCUUUACAAAU